AUGCCUGGUUUCGCAGAUUCCUUCUGGUCGGGCGAUUAUGCCGGAGGUCUCGGAGUUCUUUUCGGGAAGCUUCAGCAGGGCGUAAUAGAGAACCAGCAAAUGCUUCAAAUCGCGAAAUUACGGGCCGAUACGGAAGACCUUUACGGACAGAAGCUUGGGACCAUUUCAGCGGGGUCUGAAAGACCGGGCGGGUUUGCGAGAGAUGAUGGUGCUAGUGUGCGGAAGGCUUAUGAUGGGCUGAGGAAGGAAAUGGACGAUGCAGGGAAAAACCACCGCAAAGUCGCAGAUAAUAUCCGGCAGCUUGUCAUUGAUCCAUUUUCUCGCUGGUGUGAAGCGCAUGAGGAGCGUAUCAUUUCUUCGCACGACGAUCUGCAGACCCGGAUCAAAGCUCACGAUAGGCAAGCGGAGGCGGUUAAGAAGCUCCGCUCGCACUACUUUAAUAAAUGUCGUCUUGUUGAAGAUCUCGAGGAGGAAACAAAGUUUAUCCAGGCAGCGCCGGAAACUCCAGCAUCGGCAACCGCUGGAACCCCGCAAAUUAAGUUGACGGACGAGGACUUGGAGGACGAUGAGGAGCCGAUUGAAAUUGGCGACCUUUUCUACCAGCCGGCGGAAGUCAAAAAGAUCUUGAGGCACAUGCUGGAGACGAUCCCACUUACUAAUGUGAAGGUAGCCAUCUUAGGGACUUAUGAGAAUGUAUCCACUGGUGAGAACAUUGUAAAGUUCAUUCAGGAGAACCUUAACGCAACGUCGGUCUCCCAUGCCGAGAGAAUUGGGCAGGACUUCGUUGGCCAUGGGUUUCUGAGACUGGUGGGAAAUGUUGGGAAUACAUUUAGUAAUAGCGCAAAAUUGCACUAUCAGUGGCGUCCCCAGGCCUUUCAAACCGCAGGAAUCCAACCGACUAAGGCCUUAACGAGAGCUGAGACGAUCAAUGGAGAUGUAGUCCCUAGUAGUCCCAUCACGACCACGGCGAUUGGCGACUUUUUGGGCGGUCUUAUGACUAAUCAGCAUCCGAACGAGUCGUCUUCAGAUAAGCUGAGAAGAGAGGCCAAUGAAGCGGAUGAGAGAUACAAGCUAGGUGUUAAAAAGCUGGACUUGAUGAGAUGCACCUUGGAGGAGAGUAUGAUGGAGCAUCUGAAAUUUAUGGAAAGAUGCGAGUUGGAUCGUUUGAAGGCUAUUAAGGCUGUUAUCCUUGAUUUCUCCGGAGCGAUCUCAAAUGUGAUACCUAGUAUUCAGUCUACUGUCGAUAACAUGCUUCUUUACCAGGAGACUAUCCAGCCACAAGGGGACCUCCGAUACAUGCUCGAGUCUUAUAGGACCGGGUCAUUUAUCCCGAAGGUCGUGACCUAUGAGAGUUACUAUAAUUCUGUCGAUGAGCAGACUUUUGGUAUCGAUCUUGAAGCCCGGGCUAGGGCUGAUCGUAAGCGUGUGCCAAUCAUUAUAACUGGCAUUCUUACAUACCUGGAUCAUCAUUAUCCUGAUCUCGAGGGCGAUGAGGCUAGACGAGGUAUCUGGCUUGUGGAUGUCCCUCUUGCGGCUACACAUCACUUAAGAAAUGCGGUGAACAAUGGGAAAGCGAUUCCUAAAGACAUUCUUGCCAACUACGAAAUUCCGAUCGUUGCCAGUGUUUUGAAGCUGUACCUCCUUGAGCUUCCGGAUUCUCUUGUCUCUUCUCAGAAGUAUGAGAUUAUUAAGACAGUGUAUACAACCCACGGUUCCGAAGGAGAUGAGAAAGCCCGAUUAGCAGUUGUUCAGAACACUCUUGGAAGUCUCCCACUGACAAACAUUGCAACUCUUGAUGCAAUAACAACACACUUUACCCGUCUGAUUGAACUCACCUCCGCUGAUGAAGCCUUCAUUACUGCCCUUGCCCACAGCCUCUCCUACUGCAUCCUCCGCCCACGCGUCGAGUCACCACUAACACAACACGAACGGCACUCAUACCGCCUCGUCCGCGAUCUGUUCGCGCACAAAGAGCAAGUCUUUGGUGAACUGAAGCGUGCAUCAACCCUUGCCAGUGGACGGGCUCGUGCCAUCUCUACUGAUGAGUCACAACGCCGUGCCCAUGUUGAAGCACGCAACCGCGCCGUGAUCGGCGCAGCCCGCAGCCGCCCCUCCUCACCCGCGCCGACGGGUCGGCAUCGGCGGGAUGUCUCCACGGAUGGAGGGAACCGUUUUCCCAUUCAAACUUCGCCCACCUCCAGCUCGCCGCGUAAUUCCGGACGCUACAGGCCUUCGUCCCUUGAAGUGCCUGGAGGCGCUUCAUCCCUCGAAACAGCUAAGGAAUAUGAGACUGACCCCCCCAUGAGAAUGACACAAGAACCUGAUGGCAUGCACCACGAUUCGUCGGGGAACGACUCCCCACAAAGUGCUACAAACUCUCAUAGUAGCGGCGGUCUCGAAAAGAGUAAUUCACUAUCCCGAUCUGGCCAUGCCUCAGGAACUGGUGCCUCCGGCUCAAGGUUUCCGAGAAAGGCGGGAGGCGGCUUAGUGAGAGCGGCGGCCGCGAAGAGGGAUUCAAUGACUGCGCCACAAAACGGAAAUGACUCUGACGGUAGUGGGGCUGACGAUCAGGGAAGGUCACCUGGUGUAAGCUUGACGGAUCGCCCGAUGGAUGAUUGA